AUGACCAUUCUACAAGUGUCAUUGACGAUAAUUAGCACUGAGAGGUCAAAACAGUUUUUGCAUAUGCGCAAAUUUUCGAAUGUACCAUCUCCGAUUCACUUGACCUCUGAUUUUUCGAAAUUAAAUAAACCGAUCAAUGAGCUCAUAUUUUCAACUACUCAGAAUCGUACUCAGCCAUUCUUGCCUUUAUUCCCAGUUCCAAUUGCUAACCAGUAUCCGAUGAAUCUAAUUACAAGUAAUAUUACAUUUUCGAGAAGGAUAUGUCCAAUCUGUGGUAAGAUAUAUGAAUCAACCAAAGAUCUUCAGGAUCAUGUGAUUGCCCAUCAUGAGCGUAAAUAUGAAUGCGAAAAAUGCGCGAGAACGUUCGUAUCAGAGAAACGUUUGCGAGCCCAUGAACUUAAGAAACAUUCCGUGCAUAUAACCAAUUUCGUAAAGGAAAAUAACGAUGAACGGAAAUUAUUCGAGUGUAACCAGUGCGAUCGAACUUACGAAACUUUUUACAAUUUUAGAGAGCAUUUAGCCAAGCAUAAAGGCAAAUUAUUUCGGUGUACGGUUUGCGACAAGCACCUGUCUGGACAGAGUGCUUUAAGCA